CGCGCCGAGGGCAGUGCCCGGCGCGGCGCCGCCGGCAGCCCGCGUCCCUCCCCGGCCGUUCGCCGCCGCCUCCGCGUCCCGAGCGCCGCGCCGGCCCGACCCGCUCCCGCCGCGGCCGCUGCCAGGGCUGCUCCGCCCUCUCCCCCCUCCUCCUCCUCUUUCUCCUCCUCCUCCCGCGCGGGGCAAGGGCAGCCCCGAGGGCGCCCGGCGGCCCGGGGGGGCCGCACCGCCGGCCGGGACCGGCUGCGCCAUGUGAAGCGGCGGGGCUGCCCCCCCGGGCCGAGCCGCCCUCUCCCGCACCAUGAGGGACGGGGAUGCGGGGCAGCAGCCACGCCGCGCACAGGUAGAGCCCGGGCGGCUCCUCCGCCUGCUGUCCUGCGUGGUUCUUGUGUGCGGGGCGGAGGUCGCGGCUCUCGCCGACUUCUCAGGUUACCUAACGAAGCUCCUGCAGAAUCACACCGCCUAUGCCUGUGACGGGCAGCACCUGAGCCUGCACUGCCCUCGGCACUCAACCAUCAGUGUUCAGUCAGCGUUCUAUGGGCAGGACCCCCAUAUGUGCAGUGCAUGGGAGCCUGAAGCCAGGAUGACAGAACCCAGGAACUGUGUGGCACCCACCUCUUUGCAGGUACCGCAGGUUGUAAAGGUUCUUAAGAAAGUACUGGAUGAAUGCCAAAACCUGAGAUCCUGCCAACUCCUUGUCAAUAGUCGGGUUUUUGGGCCUGAUCUGUGUCCAGGGAUCACUAAAUUCCUCCUUGUCUCCUUUAAAUGCAAACCUACUGAAUACAAAACCAAAUCAGCAUGUGAAAACCAGGAACUGAAGCUCCACUGUCAGGAAUCCAAGUUCCUUAUCAUCUACUCGGCCACCUACGGCAGAUGGGCACACGAGGAGAGCGUCUGCUCAACAAAGGCGGAGCACACACCCCCCUUUGACUGUUUGUCUUACACAGCGCUGGGAGUGCUAUCGAAGAGAUGUUACGGGAAACAGAGAUGCAAAAUCAUUGUCACUAGCCGGGAUUUUGGAAGUCCAUGCCUACCUGGAGUGACAAAAUACCUAAAUGUCAGCUAUGCAUGUGUUCCUAAAUUUAUCCUCACAGCAGUCAACCCCCUGGUCCCUGAUAACAAGUCUUCCAUCAAACAGAACGAUGGUGUCGACCUUGAUCCAAGGGAAUCGAGACAUCCAGAGAAAGAUGGAACUAUUGUUAGCUCUAACUACCUGGCUACAUUUGCAUACAUCAGAGAUCACCCUGAGAGAGCUGCUCUCCUGUUUGUGUCCAGCGUUUGCGUGGGACUAAUCCUCACACUAUGUGCCUUGGUGAUCUGCGUGUCAUGUCCCAGGGACAUCCAGAAACUGCACAAGAAGAGGGAUCAGCUGGUGCCAGAGAGUGCCAGAGCCUACCAGACCAGUGAACAGGAGGAAGAAGAGGAGGAGGAGGAUUCGUCCCUUUCAAACAGCCAGGAUGAGACAGACAGACUUUACAGACCUUCUUACUCGGGUUAUAACUCAGCAGAGGCAGCGGAACUGGCCGAAAGGAUUGAGCGCAGGGAGCAGAUCAUACAGGAAAUUUGGAUGAACAGUGGUUUGGAUAUGACACCCCCUAGAAAUAUGAAUACAUUUUAUAUUAAUGAACAAUAAAUGGUUUAUUUUGGAUGACACCUAUCCCUUUAAAAAAAAAAAAAAUUAAAAAAAAAGAGUGUACCUUCUGUGAAGGAACAUGUGUAUCAGUGAAUAUAAUGAUUUGUAAAAUAAAAAGAAAUAUAUACAAUUAAAAGAGGUUUUCAUGCCCUUGACUGUCUAUAAAUCCUUCUGUGAAAAACACUCUACAGUUUUAACUCAUGGUAUGGAUUACUUUUCAGUGUAAUUUGGGAUCAACUACCAAAUGCAUGUUUAGGAAUAUUAAAAAAAAAAAAGUGGAAAAUAUUUAAGUAGAUGUGUUUAACUAUCAGAACAGACCUGCUCAAGAUGCACUCCUGCUGCCACCUGUGCUGGCAAAUCUGUGAAGAACAAGCUCCAACAUGGCUGCUGCUUUCAUAAAAGACUCUUGACAUUGCCACAUGCUAAGAAUAUGGUACUUAAGGGAAACACUGGGUUCAUUUUUCUGAUCCUAAAGCAGGGUUAGAGCUGCACCUGAACGCAGGUCAUAGUCUCAGGAUUUUUUAUCAGUUCCCAAUCUUCACUUGAAAAUUGUAAGACUAGUCAGAUUGAGUUUCAGUUGGAGAGAAAAUAAAAUCAGUAAUGUAUCUAA